UCUCAUUCCUUCACCUCAUCGUCACCUUCUCCCUUCGAAUCCUCACUCCACUCUACAUAAAUAUGAUCGGAUCCCGUGUUCUCCUCCGAGCUCCCUUGGCAAUUGUUGCUCGCCGCGCAGCUUUCACAACCUCGGCUCGUGUUGCCACCCGUGCCUAUUCUUCCCAAGCUUCUGCUCCCUCUAGUGGUUUCGGCUCCAAGUUAGCUUUUGCUGUCCUUGGUGCUGGAGUUGGUGCUGCUGGCUAUCACCUUUAUCUUGAGAAUGAAAAUUCUUCGCUUCCUAAGGUCGCAGCCGCUACUGCUGAGAAGCCCAAGGAGCCUCUUGAUUACCAGAAGGUCUACAACGCCAUUGCUGCCCUCAUUGAAGAUGAUAACUACGAUGAUGGCUCAUAUGGUCCAGUCUUCCUUCGUCUUGCAUGGCACGCCUCCGGUACCUUUGACAUCAACAACAAAGAUGGUGGCUCCAACUACGCUACCAUGCGCUUCAAGCCCGAAGCUGGCCACGGUGCCAACGCUGGUCUCGGAAUUGCUCGCGAGCGUUUGAACCGUGUCAAGGACCAGUUCCCUGAGAUUUCUUAUGGUGAUCUCUGGACUUUGGCAGGUGUUGCUGCUAUCCAGGAGGCGGGCGGUCCCACUAUCAACUGGAGACCCGGUCGUGUCGAUGGUGAAGAAAACCAUUGCCCUCCAGAUGGUCGUCUCCCUGAUGCUUCUAGACCUGAUGGCCAGCACUCUCGCGAUAUCUUCUACAAGAUGGGCUUCAACGAUCAGGAGAUUGUCGCUCUUUUGGGAGCACACGCUAUGGGUCGCUGCCACACCGAUCGCUCUGGUUUCGAUGGUCCAUGGACAGCCUCACCCACAGUUUUCACCAAUGCCUUCUACACUGAACUCUUGGGUCGUACCUGGACUGAAAAGAAGUGGAAGGGUCCCAAGCAGUACGAGGACAAGGAAUCCAAAUCAUUGAUGAUGUUGCCUGCAGAUAUGGCCAUGGCUAAGGAUAAGGAAUUCCGCAAGUGGGUCGAAAUCUAUGCCAAGGACGAGAAGAAAUUCUUUGACGACUUUGCAAAGGCUGCUCAGAAGCUGUUUGAGCUCGGUGUCAACUUUGAUGAGAACACUAAGGUCUACCAAUUCAAGCCUACCAACGCCUAAAAAAAAAAAAUCUCAUAUAGAAAAAACUCGUACAGUGCAAAGCUUAUUUUAUAGAUCUUUCACAGACUCCAUCUCUUCCUCACAUAUUCAUAGACUACUAUUAUUUAUGCCUAUUUCGCAUCAUUUCAAAAUAAAGAAGCCAG